AACCCUUAAUGCCUAAAGUCUGUUCUUCAAGACCCACAAGUUAAUUUCCUUUGAAGAGAGAGGGAGUUGGCUCACCCUCUAACCAGUAAAGGCUUUUAGAGAGCCAUUUGCUUCUGCUCUGGUCCAUUCCAGGUCGCAGCAAUGGGGAGGUCUCCAAGCCGUGAUGAAAAUGGAGUGAAGAAAGGGCCCUGGACUCCUGAGGAAGACCAGAAGCUGGUCGACUACAUCCAUAAGAAUGGCCAUGGAAGCUGGAGAGCUCUCCCAAAGCUCGCCGGUCUCAACAGGUGUGGGAAGAGUUGCAGACUCAGGUGGACCAACUAUCUAAGGCCAGACAUCAAGAGAGGCAACUUCUCCUUUGAUGAGGAACAGACCAUAUUGAGCCUUCACCAAGUCCUGGGAAACAAGUGGUCUACGAUUGCGACCCACUUGCCCGGCCGCACUGAUAACGAGAUCAAGAAUCACUGGAACACGCAUCUCAAGAAGAAGCUCAUCCAAAUGGGGAUCGAUCCUGUGACCCACAAGCCAAGGAUGGACCUAGGUCUGCUCUCAGGUUUAUCUUCACUCGACCAGAGCCUUAGACUGCAGCCUGAAGCAGCACAAUUAGCCGGCUUGUUCUAUUUGCAAAACCUUCUUCAGGCAGUGAUCAAUGUUAAACCUUUUUCCCUUCCUGGUUUAAAUGUUCCACCAUUGAUGCCAAAUUACCAGCUUGAAACUCUCCCUUCAAACACUGCGCUCCCGAUAGACCAAUUUCAGAUGAACACCAGCCUGCCUGAUUUGAGCCCUACUGCAGAAAUUCCUUCUGGGUACCAACAAAAUCUUGUUUAUGAUCAUGAUAAUGGCGGCACAAUGUUUCCGCUUCUAGCCACGCCUCCGUCGUCGCCACCUACUCCAGCCAAUAUUAGCCCAUUUCAGGAUCAGAUGAACCAACAACCUGAGAUCUCAAAUAGUUCUUCAACUACUACUCCAAUGAUGGCGACCAUGACACCAACCAGUUUGGACAUGUUGGGGCAGCUCAAUCUUGAUGACCCAAGCGGUGACUACUGGGCAGACCUUCUAAGCCAACUCCCUGCGUACAAAUGCAUGGAAACAUCUUAGCAAGAUGGGAAGAAGCAUGUACAAGUCUCCAUGUACAAACAUUUUUCAUUCUUGAGAUCGUUCCUUCUUUCAAUGUGAUCAGAUGUGUUGAGUGGUGCGCAGUUGCUGUGAAUAAAAACAAGUUCAUAUUUUUGUAAGAUGGUAUCACAUAGAUUGUACAUCUCAUGUUUUGAGAAGAAAGGGACAUCAA